CUUCGGGUCGAGGUGGUCGCGCUUCCAUCGAGCUGAAAGGGAGUGAGAGAUGGACCUGGACCUUGAAGUCCGGCGAAACCUAGACGACAUCAACCAUGAUCUGACGCUGAUGGCGACGUUGCCAGCCGCGGACGCUCUCAAGUUGAGCCAGAAACCGUCGAGGCUGCGUGCCAAAGACCUCGUGGCCAAGUUGCGCUCAUGGACGCAAACGGGGUCGCUGGACGAAGAUCAGCUUCGACUCACCGAACUCUUGCCGUGCGUGGCCGAAGUGGCCGUGAAGGAACUCGACUUUGGAACAGCAGAAGCAUGUGUUAGCUGGUAUUUGUCGUUGUCAUUCCCACGAGAUCAGUUCUACUGCCGAGCACUCUUUGUCCGAGCAAAGUGCCUUGCACAACACGCUCGCACCCUUCAGGGACACGCUUGUGUGACCCAGGUGCAGUACGCAAUUCAUUGGAUUCUCCAAGCCAUCAAGCUCGCGCUGGAGCCGACGAGUCGACCGCACUACGAUUUUCUCGUGUACAAUGCGACCGUGACGUACUGGCACGUGGCGCGGCCACUCCUUCGUCCUGGCAGCGCUCGCCACCUCGUCGAGUCGAUGCAGACCAUGCUGGACAGCCUCAAAGCCAUCAACGAAACGGACAAAGCUUGGAUCGUGCGGUACGAGAUCGCACUCGCGACGAGCUACGAAGACGACAACCAGCUCGCAAAAGCCGCCAAGCUCAUCAACGACGCAGCUGAUCAUGCCCUGGCGCUGGUGGCAUCCGCUAAAGCGUCGGAGGCAGCGGCCGUGGAUUUCACGAAUCAAGCUGCAGCUGCGAUGGCCUUGUUUGAAGAAGCGUCAUUGGUACAAGUGCAUAUUGGCCGACAUAAAGAUCCUGAAUGCGCCAAGUCCUUGGCAGCAGCGAAGAAAAACAUGGUGUCCAAGCGCCACGCCAUCCUCCUCAACCUGCAGUCUAUCAAAUCCAAGCUGACGCCCCCGGAAGGUGUUCGACCCGCCCUGCUAGACUUGUUUGCUGCCACCACCGGCGUAAAAUUUGAAGCUGUCGGGCAUGGCAUCCCUGACGAUGGCUCCAUUGAGUGGGAAAACAUUGUUGAGGUGGCCAUUGUCGCUGUGCAAUGCCACCACCAGGACAUUGCCAAAACGUGCGAGCGCGUCGUGGUCACAAGCAAGCGGCUCAAUGCGCACGUCCGCGUCAUGGCCGACCUCCUGCGCUGCCUCCUCGCGCUAGAACCUGACCAGCCUUCUCUAACUGGAGCACCCACCCCAGCGACAACCCCUGCUAUCUCUGGUCUAAAGGGGACACCUGAACAAACUCCCGCCUCUGUACCGACUGCCUCAGCAGUUCAGCCCACGGUGCUGCACUUGGACAAGCGGCAGCGCGACGCCCAACGGCUCGCGCAACACGUGGAAUGCGUCAAGGUGUUGGAGCGAUCGCUGGCGGCUGCCAAGCGGCUGGGUCAUACUCACUUGAUCCAAGACAUUUGCCUCUUUGCAUGGAACGUCGCGCUGCCCCUGGUCGAGUCGCACCUUCGAAAGCACGUCCAUCGACUUUUCCAGUCGGCGACAUCGCUCCUGGAAGAGUUGGAAAGUCCGCUCGUUGCGUUGAGGGCCCAGAUGCAUUUGGAGACUGCCAAGUGUGAAAUGGACUGCGACUACUUAGCCAAGGCGGCCAUCCAUGUCAAUAAAGCGCUGCAGCUGGACUAUGGGGGGACGGCGGCGGCGUCUACAUCAGCCAAGACGGGGUACGACGCCGGAGGAAAACCCACUUCCCCCGAUGGCCAAGCCAAAGGAAAAGCACAAGGACAUGGCCACUCGUCGGCGCCACCGCAACACGACACCACCCAGAGGCCGUUGGACAAACACUUGCUACCGAUGAAACGCGUGCUGGACCUCAAGUCCAACUUGUAUGGCGAACCGGACGCGAUCGAAGACCAGGCUCUGAUCAUCAUAGAGCAGUCCAAGGAAGCCCACGACAAGGCGCUCAAGGCGACUCUGCUCAACAAAGCGAUCGACCUGCUCGAACUGAAUGCCCCCACCGAAGGACUUGCUUCGACUGCCUUGGAGCGCUUUGCAUUGUGGCACGACAUUGCCAAACUCGCAUGGGGGCUCAAGAAUGCUCCCAUGACGCGAAAAGCCGCCGCAAAAGCCCUCAAGUUCACGUUCAACGUGGACGAAGCCCAGUGCAUUCUGCAAGGAGAGCUCCAUUUUGUCUUGGCUGAAACGUACGUGGGCGAGAUCAAGUCGUACGAGAAGGAUCCGUCCGUGUCUGCGAAUGAUUUGCGGCUAGGAACGAGGGUUGGCGAGUCCAAUCAAGGCAGUGACGUGGAGCCCCACGCAACGAUCGCCACGUGCAAGAAGCAAGUGGUGGCGGAGGUGAUGCUGGGGCUGCAGCGUGGGCUAGAAACCAAAUCGCCGUGGGUCGUGCUCAACGCGGCCACGUACUUGUGGAAUUAUCACUGUCACCUCUUUCGCAAGCCCGUGGUGGACCGCGACCUCGACUUGAUUCUGCCGGACGUGGCCGCGGCAUUCAACACAGUGUUCCAAGCGCUCGUGGCGCCCGACUCGGCAGUCGACCCGCACCAAUUGCCCCUGCUCAGCUGCAUCGCGCAAGGUCUGACCAUCCUCCAUCGGGACGAUCCAAGCCGCAUGGAAGGGUUUGUCGACGCCGUGUUGAAGCGAAGCGAUCACCUUCCCAUCUUGCACCGGAAAGCAUUGAUCGAGAUCAAGACAACGAUUCAGCUCGACCGCGGUGCCAAGGACGCUGUCAUGGGGGAUACGACCCCCAUGAAGGUUGUGUCGUGCGUGAGAGCGCUCGAAGUUCAAGUCGAGUUGCUGCAACAAUUGCACACACGCGCGGCGGACGGCGCGCCGCCCGGCGACGACGAAAAGACGCUGGUCGACAAAGCGUCGACGUACUUUCAAAAGGCGAUCCAGCUUUGGACGCCGUUUGCCACCGAUGCGUUUGCAUCGACGGCCACCGUCGAGCCCGUCUUGGAAAUGGAGCAGCAAAAGCGUGAAUUCUAUGCCGAGAUGUGGGUGCGCCUCGGAAAAGCCGCGCUCGCCCUGCACAAGACGGUCGACACACAAAAGUUUUGCCAAGAGGCGGUGGCGCCCCUCCACGCGAGCGACAUUCCUCGUGCGUUCUUGACGCCGUCCAUUUGGCGAUGGUACGCCUUGGCGCAAGUGGUGUGGGCCCAAGCGAUUCUCCAACUCGCAGCUGACACGGAGGCGCAGGAGAAAGACGUCAAGCACGAGCUCGCUCUCUUUGCCAUCAAGCACUUGCUCCUGGGUGCAGAAUUCGCCGUCCGUGCUGGCAACACGUCGCUUGUCCACAUGGCGGCGCGGAUCAUGUGGAACGGCAUGUUGGGCAUUCUGGACGUGAACGGGACGCCAAAUCCGUCGUUCCGACAGAAACUGACCCACGACAUGCACAACAUGCUCGACCAUCUCACGGCCGUCGAGUCAUCGCAGUGGUCGUUUCGCGUCGACUUUGUGUGUGCCUUGCUCGAUGUUUACGAAGAGCAGCAGGCGUGGGAGGCCGGGCUGUCGACGGUCGAAGCUGCGUUUGCCGUCAUCCCGACACCUGCGCAGCGGCCACUGUGGCGAUAUCGCGUUGUCUUUAUGUCGAAGCUCGGGAAGAACGUCCAGGACGGGUUUGCCAAGAUGAAAGAGAACGACGUGCUUUUGCAAGCGCGCGUAAGCAAACGAAUUGCGGUGUCGACGACCGACCCCGGCGCUCAAUACAAGGCCCUCUACCGUGCCGUGAAGGACCUGACCGGCAAAGUCGAGCAGGCGCAAUUCCUCGUUGAAAUUGCCGAGUGGUUUUACACCAACCAAUUUCCACUUCAGGAUGUCCACGACCUGCUCCACGGCGCGAUUCACAUACUGGUGCCAGUGGUCCAUCGAGGCCACGAUGACGAUACCGCGUCCAAGAAGGGAACGAUCAAGAAGCGCCGAAAAGACGUUGAGCAUGCUGUCCCACCUCUCGAAUAUUGGCACCUUGACCUCCUCCUGCGCAUAUACGUGAUGCUGGCACUCGCCGGUCGGUCGUCGCAAGAGCGAUUCGAGUACGUGGUUGUGGCUCUCGCGCACGUAGCUGUGAUAUGGGACGCCUUGGCCACCGAACAUCUCAAUUUGCAAUACCGCGACCUGUUUGAAGCACGCCAACAGACCGACCGCGACGGUGGUGGCGUCGACGAUCCUUCGUCCAUGCACCGCGCCAUCGACGAUUUCGACGAGUGGAAAGCGCUGAACGUGUCUGGCAUGGCUGUGGCGCCAGGGCUUGUCGUACCACGGUCAACGAAGGAGUGGGCUGCAUUUGAUGUCGAGCCGCACGUUCCGAUGCUCUGCGGGCGCACAACGCACGCCAAGGCAUCGUUGUUGAUGCUGCAUCCUGGAAACGUAACCCAGCCGACACUGACCAUCCAUUACCUGUCCAAACUGACGCAAUUGGCGGUCGAGUUUCACCAGCACCCUCACGUCCUUUCGUGUCUGUGGCUUGCGAAGGCGGUGGUCAUCGGCACAGCGACCACAACCACUUCGUCCAUGGCUGGCCUCGGCGACGACAUCCCGUUGAUGCCGAUCACUCUGGAUUUGCAACUAGCCAAGACCCUCGAAAAGCUGUGCUACCACGAGGCGAGCCAGAUGUGGUUGAAGCGAGCCCUCGAUGCCCUUCUCCACACCUGCCAGUCGUCUGGUUCGGUGGUCACUGUGGACAAGUCGAUGGCACAGCUUCAGCUGGUCACGGAGUCCAGCCUCCGCCACCGCCCCGUUGUGACAUCCAAGUACAACGUGCUGCAACUGUGCGUCGAUAUUGCCGAUGCUCUGCUCGAGUUUGGCUAUCAUUUGCGAGUAAAGCAGCUACUGGACAUCGCCACUGUCCAUUGCAACGCUGUGGGGGACUCCGCAACGCUCGCACGAGUCGACGUGUGUCGUGGCAAACUAUUCAUGAUUGAAGGAGAGCGAGCCACGGCGCUGCGCCACUUCCAGGCCGCGGCUGCCACCGAAGGGUUGGACGUACAAGCGUACACAACGUACGUGGCGCUGUACGGAACGACUCUGUGCCAACAGGGGCAGCCAAAGGCCGGGAAAGCCGCGCUACAGCAUGCCAUCCACGUUGUGAAUCAGCUGCCCAAGCUUCCGCUCACGUCGACGCAAAUCCAUCUCGAUAUACCGCCGCCGUCAUCGACGCCCCUCGAUGUGGAUCUCGUACAGGGUUUGGCGGUGCUCCAGGCCGCGUACGCAGCGCUACUUGUGCAUGAAAGCAGUACGCUCUUGGCCACUGGGGGCGACUGGACGGGGGUGUGGGCGGAAGCCGGUCGCGUGUAUUCGGAAGUCGUCGCGAUGCUCGCCAAAAUCGGCGGCACGUUUGGCAUGGUUUCCGUGGCGUCCACAUACGCCAACGUCUUGACGACCAAGUUGUGCGAGAUGCCCGACUCGGACGACGCAGUCGCGAUGCUGCAGCGGGCACGGGAGGUCCUUCUACUCGCUCAUAGCUACAUCCAACAAAUCUGGGAGGCCACAGACAACCCCCGUGUCGACAUCGACGUGUGCACGGUGAACUCUGUUGUGCUGGCCGCCGCGUUUGCUCAAAUCAAGGCGCAGUUGGGACGACUAGAGUUGCAGCAGCACCUGCUUGGACAAGAGCACAAGAUGGUCGUGUACCAAGUUGAAAGCGACGCAAAGAAGAACCUGAUCGAGCUGUGGCUGGAACAAACCGCACCGCGGCAUAAAAAAGCCGCAGACGAGAUGCAGCUGCCACCGCUGGAGAAGGCGUUGCUGUACUUUAACGCGGCCGUGACGUUGUCACAGCUUGCCCCAUCGCCGUCGUACAAGGCCAGCAUCGGGCGAUGCCUGCGGCUCCAGCUACAACAGAACUCGACUGACGCAGGUGUGUGGACUUUUACAACGGAUGCCCUGCGCAAGCAAGGCAUCGCGUGCUCGUCCGCACCAUCCUCUGGUCAUGGCGACACGACGAACCAGCAACUCGAAGACGUCGCUCGACUGCUUCUAUCGGCGCUCGACCUUGCUCUCGCUCAGAAGGACCGAGCUGCGAUUGAAGAGUGCACUUAUGAGCUCAUGCAGUGUUAUGGAUGCGUCGAUCCAGCUUCGGCGGUGAAGUUCCUUCUCUGGUACCAAAGCUGCCGCACCAGCGUCGUGGCUGAAGGAUUAUUGCUCGAAGCGUGUGCCCCCACGAACCGAACCGCUUUGUUCGUGCAACGAAUGCAUCUUCUGCCGGCCACAUCCGCUCCCGCACAGCUUGCCGCGCUGUACUUGGAGCACGAAUCGGAGGCGUGGCGGCGGCUCGCAGUCACGCCCACUAUCGACGCGACGCUAGCCCACCUGCCUCCGCACAUGGUGCUCUUCUCGCUGCAGCUUUCGACGGAUGGUUGCUAUCUAUACGGUGCCAUCCAACCGUCACCCGCCAGCACGUCGCAUGGUGCUGGAGUCCCGCUGGUAGCCCGCCUGGAACUCCAUUCCCCACGCCGAGUUGCCCUCAAAGAGUUGGUGACAAAGCUCAAGGCCUGGCGCGCAUCGACGGUCAAGAGUUUACUGCAAUACAGCGAUGCCAUGAUGGGGGAGCACGACUGGUUUGAGUUCACCGACGCGUCACCCAAUGCGACGGAGGUGGCAGUGAGCGAAGACACAUUGGAAGAUCAGUUUCAGGCGCUCAUGGACGAGGCCAAACGGCUCCUCGGGCCGUUCCUGGACUGCUUUCAUGACGUGCUGAAGGUCUUGAAAGGCACCAGCGACGAAUCAAACGUCCUCUUUGUCGUCGAUCCCGCGGUGGAAAGCAUUCCGUUCGAAGCGAUGAUGAGCGAUGUCUUGGAUGCCAGGGACUUGUCUGUGCACAUGCUGGCCAUUCGUUUGCAAAACGUCAAGGCUACGCCGUACAAGAAGGAGGACUUGUUUUUCAUUGCCGAUCCGCAGAAUGACGCGGACGUCGACAGUGCCGACAACCCCCUCUCGAUCUCGGCCACGUUGACGGCGCUAAAGUCGAUCGCCCCCACCAUCAAAGGGCUGAGUGGGAAGAAGUACGUGCCGAGCGCGGGCGAGUGGCAAGCCGCCCUCACCGGCCGCCGCGGCGGGGGACUCCUCUUUUACGGCCCCAACCGGUCGCUGGCCCACUUUGCGCCAUCGCAUGUCGCGGGGUUGAGUGCUCUGAAGUGCAAUCUCGUCGUCAGCAUGAGUCGGAUGGAAAAUUACGCGAGCUACCGCCGCCAGAGCAAACUCGACACACACAAGCCCAAGCGCGUCUUGAGUUUGGAGGACGGAUGGGAAAGCGCCGUGCUCUGGUCGUUGUGUGGGGCCAACUGCGUUGUGACAAACCAGUGGAACACGUCGUUCGUGGCCAACCACCGAGUCUUGACGGGACUGUUUUCCCAACUUGCCAAGAACGUGCCCGUUGCCAAAGCGCUCAAGCGAACGGGCGAUGUCUGGAUCGCCAACACCAAAGUCCUCCACAACGGCACGAAGCUCAAAGCGCGCGUCCGCUUCAACCCGAUUGUGUACGGGCUGCCGCACUUGCCGUGAAUAGUAGUGUCGCCCUGGCGUCCAAAACAUGUUGGUCUCGUCAUGCUGUGC